AUGAUCGCAUUAACCUCUGCCUCUUCAGCCUGGCUUGCCGACUGUGUCUUUCUUCUUCUCUUUUCUACUGCCAAGUUCUACAGCUUCUUGGGUUUGUUUGACUGGAGUCUGGAAGCUUACUGGAGCCAGAGGUACCUGGACACGGUGCUUGGCCUGAUGCUGGGCACAGCCAACGUGUCCAACACCAUAACCGCCAUUAUCUCCCUUGAGCGCUGUAUCUGCGUGUUAUCGCCCUUUCUUGCCAAGAAGUUCUUCAAGACGAGGUACAUGGCUGUCCUCAUCGCCGCCAUGUCAGUUUACGUGACCGGAUUUUACAACUUAAUGACCGUCAAGUUUGCCACGGUGUACGUCACUGAUCCCCUCACCAACACGUCACACUGGACGUCUCAGCUCAGCUCCUUUUACCUCAGCAACCGAGUUGUGACCGACGUCCUCAACAACUACCUGCUCAGCCUCACCAUCCCGUGUACUUCCCUGGGCGUUGUCAUAGUAACGACGUGCAUCACGGUCCUCAAACUACGUUCCACGCUGGCUUGGCGUUUGGAGACCACCAACGUGAAAACUACGUCAGAGAAAGCCAGACAGGACUCGGUGACGAAGACUUUGCUUGUCGUGUGCUUCGUGUACCUGACUUGCAUCUCCUUGUCGCUCGUUCAGGUUCUGGCGCGGACUUUUGUCCCUGGGUACCUACCCACAGGUAAAUACUGCAACACCUUCACCAUCGGACAGACACUUGGUCAUCUGUGCGAGGUGACUAACGCAUCGUCCUCCUUCUUAAUCUACGUUACCAUGGGAACCAAGUUCCGCGAGACGGUAAAGACUAUUUUUGGGGAUCGAAAGGAAAAGAAAGUAAAGGAACAUCGGCGAAAUAUCUUGUCCAUAAAGGUUCAGCCACAGUGA